AUGUACGUAUAUUGUGUACACAGUUUGCUGCUGCUGCUUCUGCUACUAUUGCUGCUACUGCUGCUACUGCUGCUUGCUACACAAAAAGAUGACCAACGCGGGAUAUCAAAAGACACAGAGCUGAAGAAGAAAAUGAUGGAGGUAGGGAGGCUUUUGGUGGCUCUGAAUCUCGAAAGAGAGGAAGAUGAGGAUGAUAGUGACAGUGAUGAUGGUGAUAACGAUAACGAUAUCGGUGGUAAUGUUAAUAGGAAAAGACGCAUGUACACGUCAUUGCCAGAAACUGCACGAGCAACGAAGCUCUAUGACACGCACGAUCGACUGGCGCCAUCUUCAACCAAGCAAGUAGCCCUACAAUGCCCCCAAUGCACUCUUCCACCAUUACGCUAG